UCCGAGGGGAGGGGCGGGGCACUGCGAACAUGCGGCUGUCGGUCGCGGCCGCCAUCUCCCAUGGCCGCGUAUUCCGCCGCCUGGGCCUGGGACCCGAGUCCCGCAUUCACCUGCUGCGGAACUUGCUCACGGGACUGGUGCGACACGAACGCAUCGAGGCGUCAUGGGCGCGCGUGGACGAGAUGAGGGGCUACGCCGAGAAGCUCAUCGACUGUGGGAAGCUGGGAGACACCAACGAACGAGCCAUGCGCAUGGCUGACUUCUGGCUCACGGAGAAGGACUUGAUCCCAAAGCUGUUUCAAGUCCUGGCCCCUCGGUACCGAGGUCAGAAUGGGGGCUACACGAGAAUGCUGCAAAUCCCGAAUCGGAGUGAGCAGGAUCGGGCCAAGAUGGCUGUGAUCGAGUAUAAAGGGAACUGCCUCCCACCCCUGCCUCUGCCUCCCAGAGACAGCAACCUUACACUCCUAAACCAGCUGCUGCAGGGACUGCGGGACGACCUCAGGCUGAACCAGGAAACAAGUAUUCACAGCUGCCACACAACUCAAACACCAGGAACCUAACGGGCUGAUGGGUCUACAGCUCUCAGUGGUGCCAUUGAUUACAGGCCUCUGCUGCUCUUUUAUUAAUGUCUGAGAAGACCUGGAGUGAGAGUUCUGAAAUGGACAAUCUUAAUGGGGUCCAGAAUCUUCUGGCCCUUGACUUGCACAGUAUAUAAAAUUCCUUAUGUGAAUAUAUGUAAAUUGAUUUUUUUCUUCUUCCUCUGGGGUUUCUGGAGAAUGAAAACUAAAUGCUCAGUCUACCUGAGAGAGUAAAUUCAUGGCUUGAU